AACAUCCACCCAGUCAGUCCCCUGAAGUGCGUCCGGGAAGCGAACACGCAGACUGGGACCAGCCGGAGUGAUUUUGUGGCGUGUUGUAGUUCAGCAGAGAGACACUGGAGCAGAGGAGGAGAAUGGGACACCGGUGCUGGGGUCAGGACUGACUGAGGUCGGCACGCUGAAAGCUCCUCCGACCAGUUUCCAAAUCCUUUUGGCACAGAGUCACGUUUUCGCCGCUGACACAAUGGGCUGCUGCAGCGGACGGUGCACUCUCAUCUUUAUUUGCACUUUACAGCUGGUUGUGGCUUUAGAAAGACAGGUAUUUGACUUCCUGGGUUACCAGUGGGCCCCCAUCCUUGCCAACUUCUUCCACAUCAUCAUCGUCAUCCUCGGCCUCUUUGGCACUAUUCAGUACCGGCCGCGAUACAUUGUUGUUUAUACAGUAUGGGCUGCUCUAUGGGUGGCCUGGAACAUCUUCAUCAUUUGUUUCUACCUGGACGUAGGAGGCCUCUCCAAGGACAGUGAUUUGCUGACAUUUAACAUCUCAGCCCACCACUCCUGGUGGAGCGAGCAUGGGCCGGGCUGUGUGAGGAGAGAGAUGCCACAGGCAUCAGGGGUCCACGCCACAGAGAGCCACUCCUACAUUACUGUCAUGGGCUGCAUUAUGGAUUACCAGUACAUUGAGGUCAUGCAUAGCGGGACACAGAUUCUUGUUGCUCUCCUGGGCUUCGUGUACGCCUGUUAUGUUGUCAGCGCUAUCACUGAGGAGGAAGACAGCUUUGAUUUUAUUGGUGGAUUUGACCCAUUCCCACUCUACCAUGUCAAUGAGAAACCAUCUCAUCUCCUCUUAAAGCCUGUGUACCUGUCUACGUAAAUAGGAGAGCGUCCAGCAACGAGGUGACACAGCAGAUUUCCACAGAGACAAAACUGCGGUUUUGACACAAAUGACCCCGUACAGCAGGGCACACCAGACAUUCCUCCCCUUCUUGGUUUCAGUACUUUAAACAUGUCACUUACUGGUGUGCUGCCCAGAAAAGCCAACACGUCUCAGUUAUUGUUCAUUGUUUUCCAGGGAGGUAUGACGGGAUCAGAGAACUGGGGAUUGCAGUGUAACAAAACCUCUUACUGUGUAUUUAGGGAAGUAUGAAUCAUUUUCUUUGUGCUGAGUUCUCUGCUGAAGUCCCGUUGCUGUUACCUGCAUAAAACUCCCCAGGAACAUGACUGUAUAGAACAUGUACAGCAUAUAAAUACAUUGUGUGUAAUCAGGGGCUGCCCAGCAUUCCCAGUCUGUGGUGCUGUGUCUUGGAGAACUUGGUGAUUUAGCAUGUUAUUGCUGGUUUGGCUCACAUCUUGGCCCGAGGGCUGAAUUACAGUGGAGCCUGUGGGAUGAGCCAUUGUUUGUUGCCUGUUUACUUUAGGGCCAGGAUCUGUGUGCAUAAAUACAUGAAUAAAGCAGGAAGAGGUAGGGGGAGUAAAGAUGUAGAGGGAAGGGAGGGAACAAAAGCACCAAACAUACAGGGGCAGUUGUCAAAAAUAGAAAAUGUAAAUAUAGACUGCGGGGUGGUAAUUUGAGAUUUAGAGUUUGAGACUUGAAUUAUCAAGAAUGUUAAAGAGUGUUAGCAUGUAAAGGGUGUUCAAAUACUAGUAACAACAUGUGAGUCUUACUUUUAUUUCUGGAGUCUUAUUAUAUUUUGACUUUACUCACCAACAGCCAAGAAGUCAGGAUGUCUGAAGUGUCAGGUGGUGAUGUGCUCAAAGCUUUGUUUUUACUUCACUUCUCCUCUUUUAACUCCUGACACAUCAAGCUUCCAACAGUGGUUAUCACUACAGACGCUCAAGCAAAGAUUACAUAGCAUAUUUUUAUCUUGAAGAAAACAAAUUUGUUUUGCUAUUCAUAUUGCACAGAACAGUGUUGAGUUGUGUGGAUAUUGUUGUCAGCGUAGAAGUAGCGUGGCUGUACCUGAGUGGGUCAGAGCACUGCCUCACAUCGGGUCAGCAGUUUAGAUUCUCAUUGGUGAUAGUCUCAGUUGUAACUGUUUUAUAGCAUGUUUUUUACAGGGUAUAUGUUGUAAUUAUGUGUAUAAUGUUAAGUAAUGAGAAAAAAAA